GCGGCGGCGGGCGGAGCGGACUCGCGGAUUCGGAGACGGGGGGCGCAAUGGAGGGACCGGAAGAUAAUGGAAGUGUUGUCCAAGUUGGAGAAUUACUGCCUUGCAAGAUUUGUGGAAGAACAUUUUUUCCAGUGGCAUUAAAAAAACAUGGACCUAUUUGCCAGAAAACAGCCACUAAAAAACGGAAGACCUUUGAUUCAAGCAGACAGAGAGCUGAAGGAACUGAUAUUCCAACAGUAAAACCUCUUAAACCUAGGCCAGAACCACCAAAGAAACCAUCUAACUGGAGAAGAAAACAUGAAGAAUUUAUUGCCACCAUAAGAGCUGCUAAAGGCCUUGAUCAGGCACUUAAAGAGGGUGGCAAACUCCCUCCUCCUCCUCCACCUUCUUAUGAUCCUGAUUAUAUUCAGUGUCCAUAUUGCCAGAGGAGAUUCAAUGAAAAUGCAGCUGAUAGACACAUAAAUUUCUGUAAAGAGCAGGCAGCACGUAUUAGUAAUAAGGGCAAAUAUUCUACUGAUACCAAAGGCAAACCAGCUUCUCGGGCACAGUAUAAGCCUCCUGCACUUAAAAAGUCAAAUUCUCCUGGAACCUUAUCAUCAGGAUCAUCGCGAUUACCACAACCAAGUAGCACUAGCAAAACUGUUGUAGGUGUAUCUUCAGGUAAAGUGUCAUCAGUUAACAACUCUUUGGGAAACAAACUUCAGACCCUAUCUCCUUCACAUAAAGCAAUAUCAGCCCCUCAGGCAGGAGCUAACAUCAAACCUCGAAAUUCUACACCACCCAGUUUGGCAAGAAAUUCUGUGCUUAUGAACAAAAGAAAAGCAUAUAGUGAUAGCUCCACAAUCAGGCCAGAUGGAGACUAUGCAUCUUCACUUAAUGGUGGAAGUAUCAAAAGCACUGAAGGAAAUUCAUCUGGACACUUACCUAAAUUCUGCCAUGAAUGUGGGACAAAGUACCCUGUAGAAUGGGCAAAGUUCUGCUGUGAAUGUGGCAUUCGAAGAAUGAUUCUGUGAACAGAAUCCCAAAAGAACAAAUGCCAGCUUCAGAGCUUUAUAAUUAUUGCUGCUUGGACAGCUAAAGCACUUCCUCUAGUUAUUUUGUGCUGAAACUGUUCAAAAACCUUGCUCCCAUAAUUUUUGAAGCAUAAUUCUUUGGUUGUACAUAUGUAUAUAUAUGUUGUACAUAAUAAAUACCUGAUAUCCCAAGCUGUGCAAUUCAAGAAAAUACUCACUUAGCUAUCAGAAAAUAAUUCCAUCUUAUUACCGUGGGUAUUAUUCAUCUUUUGUUGUUAAAGCACAUUCACUAUACCUCUACAAAUACUCUUACCUUUAGCCCUUCAAGCUUUAGGAUAAUCACAACUUUGAGCAAACAAUAGGAUAAAUAUUGUUAUUAUUGGUGCCUGUCUUCAAAUAGCAGGAUGGGCAACUGUGGAUUUUGUAAUUGAAGAGAAUGUUUUAAUUAUUAUCACUUGAUAAGUCAUAUUCCUGUUGAACUCUUGGCAACUAGUUUUAUGAAAUACCUUAGGUUUAUAUUACUCUGAACUUUGUAGAUUAUUAAUUGUAUAAUUUAUGUUUCCUCCAUCCUGUGAAAAUAAUUAUGGAUUUUUUUCAGAAACACAAUACUAAAAUUACAAUGUAUCUUACAACUGAAUAUUUUUUUCAUUUCUGUGUUAUUUCCUAGAUGUUACUGUUUUUCUUUUUCAUAAUCUCUCUAAAGAAUAGAUUGAACUUCCAACAUAUUUUACAACAUAUACACAAAAAAAUUGUAUUUUCUGUUCAACUCGUUUACUAAAAGAAUCGAUCAUUGUUACUUUCAGUGUAACAUAAAGUUGGCUAUAUGUUUCUUUGAUGGCUUGUACUACUCUAGUCAGUAGUAGUUUAUGAUCUUUAGUAGUUUAUGAUCAAUCAGACUUGUUAGCUUUAUCUUAUUAUAAAGAUAAAAGCAAAAAUUUUAUGAUGUGUUUUUCCUAAAAGAUUUAUGUUAUAUAUUUUCUAACCUCUUGUUUGUGAUUGAUCACAGUAAGGAUCAGUGUAGAAAUGUGUUGCUUGGAAUUUUAUUUCUCUGAAAUGUAUGUAGUUUGUUUUAUUUUGUUAGUUUGGGCAGGAGUUAUAAACCUAGUGGUAUAGUUAUAAUCAUUUUACUUAUAAUUUUCUGCUGUUUUUAAAAUCAGUUUGGUUCCUAAUUGUUCUGUUCAUCCAUACUGAUAAAAUAAUGCAGCAACUCAAAUAAGUUACAAGGAGUUUAGAAGACUAAUGUAUAUAUUAGAUUUCCAUUUUAAAAACUUUUUAUCCUAAUUAUAAAUCACAUGAAAAGGAACUUUUGUGUGUAUAUGUGCUGAUAAUGGGACUUGACUCAGAGACCAUCUUCUUCUUGCUUGCUCAGCUCAUUUUUCUUGUGUCUGCAGCUUUACUACUGGAGACACUUCUCCAGUCUGGCAUUUUGCUGGUUAAUUGGAGAGAUGGAAUGAAUCUUAACAGUUUUCAGACCUCUUGAGUAGCUAGGAUUAUAACGAACUUUUCACUCUUGUUUUAUCUAGGAAUGAACACUAUCUUACAAGCAUAUAUUUAACACUACAUAAUCUUUUUUUUUCUGCUCAAAAGAGUGAAUAGAUACAUCAGUUUAAAUAAGACAAAUUGGCACAUGUUUGUUUCUUAGUGAAUUUUACAGUAGCAA